AGACUGAUUCUCUUUUUUCAACUGGGUGGUUGUUGUUUUUCAAGGCGGUCGGCCAACUAUUCAAAAGUUCAAAAGUAACUGCAAUCUGCGUCGAAACUAAGCAAAAGACUCGGAAAGUUCUGUGCGUGGGAGACUGAAAAGUAAAAAGGCUGACCGAGCGAGCUGUGUUCGUUGCGAAUAAAAAAACCAUAAAAAGUUGGAAUUCGGAGUGCUGGGCGAAGGAAGUGGAAGGAAGGACAAGCAACAAAUUCGUGCUCUCGGCUGUUCCUGCCUGCGUCUCUCUUUCGCUGCGAGAGCGGGUGUGUGUGUGAGUGCGAGGAGAGAAUCUGCAAGAAAAAGAAAAGCAACGCCGAAAAGCGGGGAAUCGAGAAAUAAAACGCAUUGGCGUGUGAAUCACGAGAAGCUGAAUCAUCUGAAUCAUCUCACCCGAAUACACUCUUCUGUUGGGCGAAUCGAUAAUUCCUAAAUCGUAAGGAUGGAGCACCACGAGGACAACGCUCAGUUCGACAAUUACUUGCAGAACCGUCUUAGCGAGGGCUUGCAGAUUACCGGUGGCGCCGAGCAUCAUCUUCAUCUGGCGGACGCCGUCGUGGACGAACUCUCCGCCCCUGGGAUCGCGUCCUCCAAAUCGGAUCCGGAUCAAGAGAAUAACGACGGGGAGGAGGACGAGGAGUGGAAGUACAUACACGAGGUGCAGCAAAGCGAGAAGCUCCAACAGCAGCAGCAGCAGCUUCCUUUGGCAUCGGAAACUGGCAACGGAUUUGGCCCCGUCGGGCACUCUGAGGAUUUAGUGCUAGGAAACGGCGGUGCCCCUGGUCUGAGUCUGGUCUACGAGGAGCAGGACGUGGAAGUGAUCAAGAACGAUGGUGACUUGUCCACGAAUUCCAACACGACCACUUCCACAGACGAGGUGGUGGCCCAGGAUCAGCAGCAAACCCAGGAGGCUGAACUGUUGGCGGAGCAGCAUCAACAGCAGCAGUUGCAAUCCUCGGAUCUCCAGCAGGAGGACGAGGACGAGCCUAGCUCCGUGGCCACUACCUAUGGAACCAGCAGUCUCAGCGAGAAUAAUCCCACGCCCUUAGAUCAAGAGGAGCUGGCGGCCAAGCCAGUUGUCCAAGAAUUGCUAGCGGGCUUCGACAAUAAGGAGAACUGUGAUUAUGUCGAUGAUCUGGAUGAAAACCACUCCCAGCUCAACCCCAAUGCUGUUGCCUUUGUGCCUAGCUAUGGCUCCCAGCCAUCCUCUCCCCUUCCCGCUGUGGAGGAGCCACUACUCGGCCUGAAUCCGCGCCAGCUGCUGCCGGGCGGUCCUUUGGACGAUUUGGUGGCCGAGAGUCCGCGCAAGGGAUCCGCCAGGGAGAACAUGGAUGCGAUUGCAGUACCCGAUGAACGGGAGUUUGACAUUGAGGCGGAUAAGCGACCCCACGAACUGGAGCAGGAAACGGACCUUUUCGGCGAAGGAAAUCUGGAAAUGCAGUUGCUGAACGGUGUAGGAGCCGCUGAGCCAGCUGCUAUAACGGAUGUGCUGGGUCACGGCCCGGAGACCAGUGUCGAUAUGGAAAUUGAUCAGCUGCCAGCAGACGCCGAUAUCAUGAAACAAUCGAUUUAUGCCGAUCACAAUGCCUCCAUUGAAGACAUCUUAAACUCCGUGCAACCUCUGCCCACCCAGACGGGCGACGAAAAGGAACUGCUCCAUGUCGAGGAAAAAGAGCAUGUCUCGCAGUCGCCGUCAACUGAGGAGCUCCAGUUCCAGCAGGAGUUUCAACACGAUCAGCAUCAGCCACCUUUGUUUAACAACGCUAAGCAGGAUCUAAUGCAGGCUUCCUUUUACUUGGAGCAUUCUUCCCAAGAUGCGCAGAAGGACGAGUCCCAAGAGCAGGAGGAGCUUCCCGCAAAGAGCUCCGAUAUUUUUGCCGACCAGAGUUUGCUGCUGGACACCAGUGCACCGCAGUUUAGCCCAGAAUCUGACUCACCUGUGGCGAAAUUAGAGCUGGAGUCCCAGCAGGCUGACAUUGUGGACAUCACACCUUCGCCUCAUUCUUCUACUGAAGAGAAGCAUUUGGUUGAGGACACCAAGGAGCUGAUUGAGGACACCACAGAGCUGGUUGAGGACACCACGGAGCUGGUUGCGGAGAGCAAAAUUGAUCAAGAAUCCCAUCUCUUUGAGCCUUUUUCAGUCGGAGCUCCUCCCCAGAUGGAGGAGUAUGCUGCCUUUAAUUCAGCUCCUGGCUCUGAAGCUCAAUUCGAUGACGAAAUAUCGCCAGCAAAACAAGGUAUUAAUCCGUUUGCCCAGCCUUUUACGCCCGCACACCUGGUGGUGGAGCAGACGGAGGAAGAGCUUUCUGUUCAUCAACCAGAGACACUGGCCGCCAACUUUCAAGAACUUCAGCUGCAAGAGGAUCUAGUGGAGGAGCAAUACGUGGGCAUACCUAGUGUUCCUUCCAAGUACUUCGAUUUAUGUGAUAAGGUUGCUAAUAACACUACAGAGGAAGUGGAGGACCCAAAAGAGGAUCAACCAGCUAUUGGAAACUUUGUUUCCGAAGAAAAACAUCUUUUUGCUCCAGAGGAGGAGCCGCUGCACGCUGUGGGAGACAUCGUUGCCGAGAAAGAAGAACUUGCCUCUGAAGAAAAGACCAUGGAAGACUUUGUCUCUAUCAAGGAACAGCAUGCUGCUUCCGAGGAGCAACUGCUACCUGCUUCUAUAAAGGAACCCUUGUCUGCAGCUGGUGACGAGUUGUUGUCUGAAGCUCCAAAAGAACUGAUUAUUUCUGAGAUUGAAGAAGCUGUGCUCCCGAGUAGUGAGCCGUUAAUGGAAACUGUUCCAGAAACCAAAAACGAAGAUGAUGUUGCGGUAGCCUUGGCUGAAGUAGCUUCUGUUGCUACUGUUGCUGCAGCUGUUGCUGCCGCUGCAACUAAAUCUAAUUCAGCGACCAAAACAGGAGCCACUGUGGCCACUGCUAAACCUAAGUUAGCAGCCUCUGCAGUCAAGACUUCCACAGCGAGCUCCACAUCUGUUGUUGGAGCAAAUAAGUCGGUCGCUGGUCGUCCACGCACCGCCCCCGUUGCAACCAAAACUACAAGUACAGCUACCAAACUUUUGACUACAGCUCCACCAACAGCAACCAACCGGAAACCACUUAGCAGCAAUGCAUCAUCCUCUGCAAAACCUGUGCCCAAGUCAAGCACCACACGACCGGCCACAGCUCCUGUGAGCAAGGUGACAUUGGGGGCCAAAACCGCAGCUAAUAAGCCGGCUGCAAGUGGAACUGCAUUGGGAACUGGAUCUGGAAGCGGAACCAGGACUACAGCUCGCCCUUUGACCAGUACCACAGCUCGCAAACCAGCCACAAGUGGAACCGGAUCAGGAAUUGGAGUCAGCUCCACUGCUCGCAGACCAGCUGCAAAUGCAUCAGGAACUGGAUCGGCUCCUAACAGCGGUGCUUCAACCAAACCACGCCUGGCCGUCACUUCGACAGCCGCAGCCAAGCCGAAAACUUUGUCGCCGCGCAGCACCACUUCCGGCGCCACCACUGUGCGCAAGGUGCCCAGCACAAAUGUCACUUCUCUCUCAGCUCGCAGUCCAACCAAGCCUGCAGUCAAUGGGCAGUUGGGCAAGACAACCAGUUCCAGCUCCACCACAACCACUACAACCACAACGAUCACUAAAACUUUUACCGCUCGCCCAGCUCCAAAGUUUAACCACUCGGCAAGCUCAACCAUUAGCAACGCAAGCACUACUCGACGACUGCUGGUUCCUAGCAGCUCCGCUGGGACAACCGCGGCGACCCUGAGGAAGACAUCGCCUUCGAAGACAUCGCCAGUCAAGGCGGCCUCCAAGCCGCUGACACCAAAACCCAAAGAAAGCGUUACGAAUAAACCAUCGCCAGCUGUACUAAAAGCGCGAAAGUCUACACCCCUAAAGGGAGCCACGCCAAUCAGGGCACCAGGUGUACCUCCACCUGAUACCACUCCAACAACCAAUGGUCGGACUAAUGCGGAGGAAGCCAUCAAUCAAAAUGGAAACGGCCUACACGAUUUGGAGGAGGCUCAAUCUGUUCAAGAGCAACCUGCCCAAAAUGCAGAAGUGUCCCUUUUGGACUUUUAAAUCACAACCCAGAUUCCGGAUCACAGAGCUAAAACUACUUUACUAAUAUUAUAAAACAUAUUAAGCAAAGUAUUUAGCACGAACAGAAAAUAACGAGUCACGAUCAAAUGAAUGAAAAAGCGAGGAAUGGCAUCAGCAUACUGAUAACCAAAUUAUAAAUUUCUACUAAUUGGAUUAAGUUAUAUUCGAUUACAUCUUCGAUUUCUUGCUAAAUAUUUCUAUCUAUUAAUAUAUUUAAUUGAAAUGGACCCAGAGCGAAAUAAUUUGUGUGCUACUUUGUGAAGAAAAUGAAACAAAUAUCACCAAGUGCUCCGUUUUGUUUAAGAUGUAAGGUGUUUUAUUUAUUAAUUGUUCCUCACGCUCUGUUAUUUUUUGCUCAUGUGCUAAAAGAAAAUUGUAUCGAAUUGUGUCAACGCUUCGUAAUAAUCAGCGAAGUGGCGUCGAUAAAAUCAACAGAUAACAAUUGUCAUUUUAAAGAAAAACGAAAAAAAAACAAAUAAGCAGAAAGUAAAGAUAUUUACUAAAAAAAAUAUCCAAAUUUAAAAAUUGUCGUGUAUCAAAAACCAGAAAAAGAAUUAUAAUCCAAGUUUAACUGUAGCUAUUAGUCGGCGUCCUAACACGUGAAUAACGAAAAACGAAUCAAAACUAAUCCAACAAAGAACAACGUAAUUUGCGCAGCUGAAACCGUAGACUGCUAAUCACUAAAAUAAUGAAUAAGAAUUUAAAAAACUUCCUAGCACCACGAUCUUACAGACUCAAAACACACGAAAUAACUUGGGUUUUACUUUCUGUAUUCGUUCCUCCCAUUUUUUUAAGAAUCCACUCAAUAUUAUAAUUGGAUUAAAAAAGAAAAUAACGUGGUAAUUAAGCAGCACUAAAAACAUGUUCAUUAUUGGUUAUUAACGAGAAAAAAACUCUUACCCAGUGUUAAAUUUUAAAUUGAAGAAACAAAUGUGAAGGUUAUUUAUUUAAAAACAUUUUUAAAUCCGUUUUGCUUUUACUUUUUGUGACCUAGGUCGAAGUGUAUUAUUAUUUUAUAAUUUGUUGAUUAUGCCACACGAAACAGAAAGCAACAGAAUCAAUAAGCAUAACAUUGAAUGUAACUCCAACACCCCUAUACACACUCUCUAUACAUGUAUGUUUAAAACGAUAUUAUAAAUUAAAACAAAAUGAACAAAAAAAUACUUAAAACAGAAAUAUUA